AUGCCCCGCCCAGCAGACACCUACACACACGAUCAGGGGCACCUCCAGAAUUGCCCGGAAUACGUGGCGUGGAGGGUGGCAGGGAAUGGUCAAGAAUUGGCUCCAACAAACCCAUACAACGCCACUGGUAGGAGAGCCUUUGCUGACUCUUACGGCUUUGACAACUCGAAUCUCGAUUUGAGGCCAGAUCAAGAAGUCCCUACCAUGCAACGGAUAAGAUCAACGCUUGACAUGAGCAAGUACUUUGAUGAGUUCUUUGAUGAUAGUCUUGAUCACAAGUGUGCAAGAGUCCGAUGCAGAAGCUGCGGCUUCGUUCGAGCGAAAAAUGCAACUCGGCAAGCAGAUCAUUUGACGCAAUGCAAGGAUUUUCUUGCGACAGAUGAGGGGGAAGAGCUGAUGGCAAGCGGAAGCCUGGUUCACAACGUGCAGCAACACCAACCUCCCGCGAUUUGGAAUGGUGCCCGACCACAUCCUGACCUCAUGGUCCGUCAUCUUUCAAAUCAUCCUCCAAGCGGAACGGUGCCAGUCGGUCCCUGUUCACGGCCUGAGCCAUCUCGUGCAUCUCAACGCCCAGAACCGCCCUCGUUGGCCCAGCACUUACUGGACCAGUCUGAUGAUUUAUUGACCAAUGCUGUUCAACAUAGCUUCCUGGCACAUGCAGGCUCCGGAUCGCUGAGUGAGAAUGAUUUCAAUCAAUGGCUGGCCCAGAUUGGAUACAUCUCACGAUCACUUGUGCCUUUUACUGGAGCGCUAAUAGGCAAGAUCCGUAUACCAGAAACCGGGAAUCUGGAACACGACUCAACGUUCCGGUGUCUGGACCUGCUUUGCUCUGCAGUCACUAACAUGAAAAAAGAGCUGGAAUUCCUUGAAGCUACCAAGCGCGAGUAUGGACUCGAAGUGGGCUUGGAUGAACCGAGGCCAGCUACCAAGAGCUUCAUCGAUUUGUUCAACAGCGCAUCCUGUGCGUCUGCCACAUUACUCGAGGGCAUGGUAUUGCUAUGGGCUGUCGAGAUUCUCUUCUACAAUUCCUUCUCAUACGCUGGCUCAUUUGUUGCCCAACCGAUGCCAACACAGGAACGGAGCUCAUUUUCACUUCCAUCCUACAGCUUGCCAUCGAGUGCAUCGCCAGGUGCAUAUAGCGGCCAAACAAUACGUAAAGAUAGACACACAACCGCCCUCAGGGAAGCAUUCAUCAAAAACUGGAAGUCGGAAAACUUUAGCCAGUUUGUGGACGUUUGUAAGUCAAUCGUCGAUGAGCUUGCCAUGGAUCAAAUGACAGGCAAUGGACGGGCAGACACGUCGGCAUGCGAACGUGUUUUCAAUCAGGCUGUUUGGUUGUGGGCACAAGUUUUCCCUCAAACUACAGGUAUACGGACAGGCCAUGAAGAUAGCAGUCGUGAUGGUGGUAGAGAAAAUAAGGCGAUGAAUAGAAAUCGUUCGACGGGUAACUCUGUCGAGAUUGAAGAUGAAUAUAAUGUGCAGACUUCUACUCAAUUGGAAUGA